AUGGUGAGAGUGAGAGACGAGCUCGACACUUCAUACCACCAACUUGUUAUGCCUCCUCUCACCAAAGACUCGCCUACAUGGACAAGGCAGUUUCGAUCGUGUCAGGGUGCAUUGAAACUUGACGAGGACACCAAGGAGAGGGUCAUUCGGGAUUGUGAUAAAGCCUUCAACUUGGAGUGCGGCUCCACCUUCUGGCUUGGCGCAUCGGAUAAACCAAGAUGCUCUCUUGAGAAGAUGGCCCAACAGAUCUUCAUGCACUUCACACAACAAGUUGAAUUCGAUGCGAGCAGAAGCGGUGUAGAGUGGUGGGUGCAAAUGCGGCUUGGGGGAGACGGUGAAGCAGAACCAGGGGUGAUGGGGGAAGACAUCACCUUGCAUUGGGACAAAGACGAAGAGUUGGUGAAUACGAUUGGAACUCACAUGACUCCCUAUGUGGGGACGGUGACAUACCUCACGAACUACGGAGCUCCCACGGUGGUUCUCAACAAGGCAGCACCGAAGCAAGCUGAAGAUGUUGAGGGGUGCUACGGCUCGAGUCGUCACCUAGAUGCAGGUAAGAGCAUCGCGUUCGAUGGACGGCUGCUGCAUGGGGCGUUGACUGGAUUCAUCCAGCCCGAGAUGUGGCAACGAAGAGUGACAUUCCUCGCCAACGUGUGGCUCGAUCACAGACCGCUUCAGGUCAACCGGUUCCCUCAGGAGCUGCUGCACAGGUUCGCAGUCUCGAUGGACGAGAUUGAGUUCGAUCUGUCCGCUGAAGAAGAGAUCCUCUCGGUGAGCAUCCAAGAUCGAGCUACCAUGGGCCCAUGGCCGAGCUCCGAUGGAGGCUCUCAAGACACCAGUACAUUGAGCUCGAGGUUCAGAGUAGAUGGGAGACAUCAUCAUGUGCAGGUGCGGUAUUCCUGUGCAGAGGGAUUCGAUGCUUGCAACUUCUCAGGGGAGAAGUUUGAGAAUGGAUUUUAG